GCACUCCUCAUGACAGCAGCGCUUGAGGAUCAUCAUCAUCUGGAUAAACGCACAGCACACUUCACUGAAGGGAAUAAAGACCGAAUCAAAGUCUACGAGCGACUGAAGGACAUUAGGAAGUGAAUUAACUCGUGUGAACUCCUCCAGAGACACGCGAUUCUCUCGCUUUACAUACAAUAUCAUUUUGAAUGUUGAUUUUUUCUGCUAUACAAGGUUAUAGGUGAUAUAAAGAAGACGGUGUGUGAUGAGAUGCCAUCUGAAAAACCUCUUCCUCCUAGCGACUGGUCUUCUCAUUUUGACCAGGGUCUACAUCUACAUGCAGAAAGCAGAAUCGGGAAGCCUCAAGGUGUCACAGACCUGGACCUGGGAUAAGGAGACUUGGAUGGAAGAUAUUAAAGACCAUUACCUGCAUUUCAAUGUUUCCAUUAAAGUUCUGGCAGGAGUCUUCCAGCAGUCCAAGAAGUACCUGACGGUGGGCCUCUCGUCUGUGGAGAGAGAAAAGGGCAGUUAUCUUCAGGACACCCUUCAGUCAAUCUACUCUGCCUCCUCAGAAGAAGAGCUGGAUCAAAUGGUUGUGGUCGUCCUUCUUGCUGACUUUGAUGUGAGCUGGAUCCAGCAGACAUUAGAGAAGAUUACAAAUGAAUUCCACACGCGGCUGUCCAAGGGUCAACUUCUGGUCAUCCAUGCCAAUGAAGACAACUAUCCUCCCCUCACAGGAUUGAAGAGGAACUUCAACGACGCUUCUGACCGCGUGUCCUUCCGUUCGAAGCAAAAUGUGGACUACUCCUAUUUGCUCCAUUUUAGCAGUAAUCUCUCCCAGUACUAUGUCAUGCUGGAGGAUGAUGUGAGCUGUUCGAAGAACUUUCUCUCCAGUAUGCGUGAGCACAUCCAUUCGAUGAGCAACUCAAAGUGGGUCACAUUGGAAUUCUCCAAGUUGGGCUACAUUGGAAAACUCUAUCAGUGCAGAGAUCUGCCCAUUCUAGCCCGAUUCCUUUAUAAUUUCUACCAAGAGAUGCCCUGCGACUUCCUGCUGUCGCAUUUUCACAGAUUGUUGAUGCAGGAUAAAUUCAUACGUUUCCACCCAUCUCUGUUUCAGCACAUGGGCACUUACUCGUCAUUUAAGGGGACGUUUAAUCAACUCAAGGACGAGGACUUUGUUGAAGGAGUUGCUGAUAACCCUCCAGCAGACAUUAGCACGAAUAUUGAAAUUUAUCAGACCAAUACAGUCGACAAAGCUUACAGCCAGGGCUUAGAGUAUUUCUGGGGUGUAUCACCUAUUGGCCCAGAAAACUACAUUUUAGUGGUCUUUCAUGAACCUGUUCUUAUCUCACGUGUCCAAAUACAUACAGGAUUGGAUGGGAAAGAUGAGCUGGUCUAUGCUGAUGUGGAACUUGGAAAAACGCUGGUGAAAAAGGAGUCGGAGGUGGAGUGCUCCGGAUUUGACAAGCUGGGUUCUCUUCAACAAGGCCAGUUUAAUGAACCAGCAGUCCAGAAACUUGUGCCGGCAACCGUGGCAUGUUUACGAAUCCGAGUCACUGCAGCCCAACCGAGCUGGGUUGUUGUACGCAAGAUCCAGGUUUGGACUGUUAAAGAUGGCCAAACCAUGUGAAAUAAUUCUGGUGUGAAUUCCUUAUCAUUACUUACAAAGGCUUGAAUCUUUAAUAUAGACACGUUUAGUAAUCUGUAUGUGAGGAUACAAGUGUGAGGGCGUGAGUUACACCACAUAAAAUAAUAUUAUACAUAUUCUUAAAAUAAGAUACAUAUACUUAGGCAUACU